GUUACCUCUUCACCUUUACACAAUUAACGACAAAAUCAACGACCUACAUAUUCACGCUUCAAGUCUUUAGACUGAAUAAAUUUCAUACUUAGAUUCUACGUGUAAUCCUACCUUCUACUACACUUAAACUUCAAGAACCGCAAAAAUUAGGUAGUCGUAUCUAUCUUAGCGAUGCGAUCUUCCUUGCUACCCCGAAGAUCGCUGCGUCGCGUCUGCGACACUUGCAAACAGCAGCAGCGCAACCACGCGCCGUGGCCAAACUUCAGCCAGGCCGCCGCCCUGAGCACAACCGCACCGACUAGAAUCGCCUCUUCACGGCAACCUACCUGUACCAGUACCAGCUUAAUACCAAUCUCACGCGGAACACCAACCUGCAAUCACAUACGGCAGUCCCGGCGCAUAUCAACAAGCGCCGCAUCUCCAGCCGAACCCCCGACCUCGCAAGCCACCCAAGACCCAGAAACCGAAACCACCACCACCCCAACACCCACCCCCGCGCCCACAAAAACCUUCUACGACCUCUUCCCACAAACCCUCCCUUUAGGCCCCCCACCCGCCAGCCCCUUCGCAAUCGACCAGCGCGCUCUCCGGCGGGAAUUCCUAACCCUCCAAGCGAGCGCACACCCGGACGUCGCGCCCCCCGGCACGUCCUCCAAGCGGCGCGCGGAAGCCGUAUCCGCGCGCAUCAACGAGGCUUACAAGACACUAUCGCACCCGCUCUUACGCGCGCAGUAUUUGUUGCAUUUACAGGGUAUGGAUGUAGCGAAUGAUGAGACGGGCCGGGUGGAGGAUCCGGGGUUGUUGAUGGAGGUUUUGGAGACAAGGGAGGCGAUUGAGGAGGUUGAGGCUGAGGAGGGGUUGGAGCCGUUGCGGGUGCAGAAUGAGGCGAGGAUUGGGGAGUGUGAGGGGAGGCUGGAGGAGAUGUUUGGACGGGGGGAUUGGGAGGGCGCGAGGGGGGAGGUGGUGAGGUUGCGGUAUUGGGUUAAUGUUAGGGAUACUAUUAGGGAUUGGGAGAGGGGGAAACCGGUUGUGUUGCAUCAUUAGGGUGUGUGUUGAUGCUGUGUGGCUUGUUAAGGGGUGGU